AUGGCUGCUAUAAACCGAGUUGCAUUGAAAACAAUUUAUUUAUCACCGACCGCGGUAUCCUCAGCUGGACCAGUUCGGAUUCAACACCAGCCGUCAUGUCAAUAUUCGGAUGCUUCUGAGCUAAGGAUUAUUAAAAAUCCAACGACUGUUUCACUUAAACGUGGUACAGGUGGACGUAGCUCCUUCAAUGGAAUCGUGUGUACUGUUUUUGGGAGCACAGGGUUCCUGGGAAGAUAUGUUUGUAAUCGAUUGGGAAAAAUCGGUACCCAGAUGAUACUGCCAUACCGUGGGGAUUGCUACGAUGUGUUACCUCUAAAAUUAUCCGGUGAUCUUGGCCAAGUAUUAUUUCACCCCUUUCAGUUACGCGAUGAAGACUCAAUAAGAAAAUGCAUGAAGUAUUCCAAUGUCGUAGUUAAUUUAAUCGGAAGAGAUUGGGAGACUAAAAACUUUACUUACAAUGACGUUCAUGUCGAAGGAGCGCAGAGAAUAGCCAGAAUAGCUCGUGAAUGCGGUGUCGAGCGAUUAAUUCACGUUUCUGCUUUAGGCUGCUGUGAAAAUCCAACGCCAAUACUGAUAGAAGAAGGAUCAAGUAUCUUGAAAUCCAAGUGGAAAGGCGAACAAGCAGUGAGACAGGAAUUUCCAUCGGCAACUAUUGUAAGACCUGGUACUGUCUACGGACAGGAGGAUCGAUUUUUCAAUGCUUUGGCCAGUAAAUGGAGAAAAUUUUUCCGAGGAACUCCAAUUGUCGGAAAAGGUGAGAAAAUAAUAAAACAACCACUGUGGGCUGGUGAUUUCGGAGGCGUUGAAUAUGGACACCAGAGAUUUGAUUUAGAAAAAUCUCAUUUGUUUAAAUUGAAAGUUUCUCUGGCUGAGAUCUCUGUGAAUCAUCCUCUGGGUUACUUGCACUGGGAGGGUUUAGAAAAGGAAAGUCACUCAGAUGUUGUCGAAGCUCAUCUUCCAACACUAGCGGACCUAGGAGUCCAGCCAAUGAAAAUGGCAUCGCGUAUGCACUGGGAGAUGAAAUUGUUCAGUGCAUACGAGUACUACAUGCAGCAAGUUAACGAGUUCGAUAAACCAAAGCCACCGACGCCCGUUGAGAUGGUUGUUUAG